CUGACGGGGGACUUCCAUGUUUCAGUGUUGUGUGCAACCUUGGUCUUUGGAAUCUGAAAUGUCCAGAGGAAAUAUUUUGGAUUCAAAAAGCAACAAGGAGAAAACAGGUUUUGAGGUGAAACAGCAGCAGCAGUAGAAAUGUCUGAGAAGAAGAAGAGAAAGAGGAAGCCAUCCACCUCUACCUCCAGCUCUGCCUCUUUGACAUCUGAACAGCCAGUCAGCUCCUGCAGUGAGCCCCCAAACAGUUCACAGAUGGGUGAAGCCAAGUCCUCGAGUCCCAGUUGUGUCUCUUUAAAGAGUGAUGCAUCCAUGUACCAGCCGAUCAGCUUUGGUGAUGAGAAGUUAAAACGGAAGUCCACUGCUCCCAGUCUUGUUUCGAUGAAGAGUGAUGCAUCCAUGUAUCAGCCAAUCAGCUUUGGUGUUAAAAGGACACAAAGCCAGCUGCCUGGAGAGCCGUCCAGCUGUUCAGUGUGUAUGCAGGUUUUGAGGGAUCCGGUCCAUUUCAGCUGUGGACACUGGUCAUGCAAACACUGUAUCAGCUCAGACUGGGACCAGGAUGAUUCACCAGCAGACUACUGCUGCUCAAAGUGUGGAAAGAAACCCAGAAAAGAUCACGAACAGCACACUGGGACCAGCCCCGUUUUGAAAGCCAAGAAGAAUCUUAAAGAAGCAAUGCAAAAUAAAUUUACUUUGAUAUGUGAAGAUGAUGGGGAACCAGGGACCUCCCUGAACAAAAUCUACUCAGAACUCAUCAUCAGGACUGGAGAGAGUGAAGGGCCACAUGAAGAACAUUCGUUCAGACACAUUAAACAUAAAUUGGAACGACGAUCAUCUUCUAAAACGUUUAUCAACCUCAGUGACAUCUUCAAACCUCUGCCUGGCCAAGAGAAACCCCCCAGAACAGUCCUGACGAAGGGCGUUGCAGGCAUUGGAAAAUCAUUUGCAGUGCAGAAAUUCAUUCUUGACUGGGCCGAGGAGAAAGAGAACCAGGACUUGGAUUUUGUUUUCAGUCUCGCUUUCCGAGAGCUGAAUUUGAGUUCAGGUAACAAAAGCUUGCACCAACUCCUGACUGAAUUUCACCCUGCGCUCCACGAUCUGAAAGAUUCAGAGGAUUUCAUCAGAGCCAGAGUCCUGGUGAUCCUGGACGGCCUGGAUGAAAGCAGACUUCAGCUGGACUUUGAGAACAAGCCGGUAACAUCUGUCAGCGAAGUAACAUCUGUGGGAAAUCUCCUUGCAAACCUCAUCCAGGGAAAUCUUCUUCCUGAAGCUAACCUCUGGAUAACAUCCCGUCCAGCAGCAGCCAAUCAGAUCGCUGCAGAGUUUGCGGACAUGGUGACGGAGAUAAGAGGGUUCAGUGACCCACAGAAAGAGGAGUACUUCAGGAGGAGGUUUCAUCAGGACUUGGGUCUUGCUGACAGGAUCAUUUCACACAUUCGCUCUUCACAGAGUCUGGACAUCAUGUGCCAGAUCCCGAUCUUCUGCUGGAUUUCUGCCGUAUUAUUUCAGGAGAUCUUUGGGGGAGACGAGACAGCUGAAGUUCCUCAAACUCUAACAGAGAUGAUGGCACAUUUCCUGUUUGCCCAGACAAAACGCAGAAGCAGAAAAUAUGAAAAGAAGACUGAGAGAAACAAAGAGACACUUCUGAAAACUCACAAGGAAUUUCUUCUGAAACUCGGCAAGCUCGCAUUUGUUCAUCUGCAGAAGAACAACCUCAUCUUCUAUGAUGAAGACCUAGAAGAAUGUGGGAUUGACAUAAAAGAGGCAGCCAUCUACUCUGGACUUUGUAACACAGUUCUUAGGGAAGAAGACGUCUUUUCUCAGAAAAAGGUCUUCUUCUUUGUGCACCUGACCAUACAGGAGUUCUUUGCAGCUCUUUUUGUCUAUGACUGCUUCACAAACAAGAAUACAAAAGAGCUCGGCGACUUCCUCGACCUGAAGGACAAAGAACAUACUUUGCUUGAUCUUCUAAAGAUGACAGUUGAUAAAGUGUUGGAGAAGAAGAACGGCCACCUGGACUUCUUCCUGCGGUUCCUCCUUGGCCUCACGGUUGAACCCAACCAGAGAGUCCUUCAGGGUCUGCUGACAUCGCCGGACCCAGGCCAAGAUACAGACAAGAAAGUAUUGACUCACCUCAAAGCCAUCCGAAGGAAGACCCUCUCUCCAGACAGUUGCAUCAACCUCUUCCAGACCAUGGUGGAGAUGAGAGAUCACAAAGUCAAAGAUGAGAUUCAGGAAUAUCUGACGUUGUCAGAUGGUUCAAAAACAGAGCUGACUCCCCUGCACUGCUCUGCACUGGCCUACAUGCUGCAGGUAUCGAAGAAUGAUCUGGAUGUGUUGGACUUGAAGAGUUACAACACAUCAGAGGAAGGCAGGAGGAGGCUGAUACCAGCUGUGAGGAGCAGCAGAAAGGCCAUACUAGCAGACUGCAAAGUGACUGAAGAGUGGGUUGAACAUCUGGCUUUUGGUCUCAAGUUCCCCUACUCACCUCUAAGAGAUCUGGAUCUGAGCAACAAUGACCUGAAAGAUUCAGGAGUGAAGCUGCUCUGUGAUGGACUGUCGAGCCAACGCUGCAGACUGGAAAUAAUGAGGUUGUCAGGUUGUCUGGUCACCGAGGAAGGCUGUGGUCAUCUGGCCUCGGCUCUACGGUCCAACCCCUCCCAUCUGAAAGAGCUGGACCUGAGCUACAACAAUCCAGGAGACUCAGGAGAGAAGCUGCUCUCUGAGCUGAGGGACGAUCCACAAUACAAGCUCAACACACUCAAUGUUGAACAUGGUGGAAGUCACCGGAUGAAACCAGGAUUCAAGAAAUAUGCCCGUGAGCUCACUUGGGAUCCCAACACAGCCCACAAGAACCUCCUUCUCUCUGAAGGGAACAGAAAGGUGACCUGGGUGGAAGAGGAGCAGCCACAUCAUCAUCACCAAGAAAGGUUUGAUCACUGGCAACAGGUGCUGUGUGAACAGGGUCUAGACGGACGCUGCUACUGGGAGGUCGAGGUGUUGGAGCCCUUCAACAUCGGGUUAACGUACAGAACCAUUGGCAGGAGAGGGAAAGUGGAUGAUUGUAAGCUGGGACGCAACGACAAGUCUUGGUGUCUGAUUUGCUCUGAAAAUGGUUGUUAUGUUUUGCACAACAACAAGAGUAUCACUGUAUCGUCUCUGUGCUCUCGCUCCAGUCGAGUGGGAGUGUAUCUGGAUUGUCCGGCUGGCACUCUGUCCUUCUACAGAGUUUCCUCUGACAGUAGAGUCUGCCUCCACACCUUCAAAACAGAGUUCACUGAGCUGCUCUAUCCUGCUGUUGAACUUCACAUUCAGUCCUCUGCAUCAUUCUGUCAGCUAACAUGAACUUUCACUGCAUUCACACGAGCAACACGGGUGAAGAAUUGCUCAUGGACAGUGAGGUCAUCUCCUAUAAAAUCAGGAGACGUUCUUAGCAAUAUUUUUAGCAAUCUAGACUUUUAGAAAACACACAGAGUUAACCGCUCUUAUCUGUUGGUAUCAUGUCUAAGCAGGUUUAUCUCUGCAAAAGAAGGAAUAUCGAUGGAGAAAGAUGGGAAGAAGAUUGACACACCAGCAGGCUGUAAACUUUGAAUACAACAGGGAGUUUGAAGCAGCCCCAGGGGUCGUGGUCAUCACUCUUCAAUCCCCAGGUAUUAAGUUUAAAAGGUUUAGCUGCGAAAUUCACAAUUUUAAAGUAUUUAUAGAUCAACAAAGUCAGUAAUCAUGGUCAAUGAUGAAUACAUUUAGUUGCUCCGCAUACUUGACAACCUCCAGACGUCUUUGGGAGAUAAUUUAAACCAGGUAUCUGAUAAUCUUUCUCCAGAAAGUUGUUUUUCAUUGCAUUCUAGUGAAUUUAUGGAGUAAUCUGGAGGGUUAAAUGUACAAGCAGGUGUUGAAUUUUGUUAACAUACAUCUAUUAACAGAUGCUAUUGUGAUUUGAUUUUCACAAUUGAAGCAUUCAUCUAGUUUGGGAACUGAGGGGAGGAUUUUAAUAACCAAGUGUUCAUUUCUACAUGCUUAUAAAAUAUUCUAAAAUAUUCUCAACUUAAAAGCAACACAUUAUGAUCAUAAUUUCUAUCAUGCUUAGUUUAAUCAUUAAGGUAUUAAUUUAAAAUGGUACAUAUAUAUGAGAAAAAGCUGUCUUACUUUCUGCAAUUUUAACCCAGAAUCUGACUGAACAUCACAUGCUGCCGUUUUCAAGUAAGAAUAUAAGCGAUUGCAUAAAUAUGGACAAUGUUCAUUACAUUAUCACAGAUAAUGUUCUAUUAUCAUCUUCAAUCACGAUGUAUAAGAAAUGAAUUGAAAUAUGAAAUAUAUGUAUAUUUUAAGAAGUCUCAUACAGUUUUCCUGCUUUAGUUUUUGAGGAGCUGUUGCAUCUGUAUAUAUUUGUAUAAACUGCUGACUGUCCAGUAUAAUCUCCUUAAAACACCUAUGUUUCUGUACCACACUUUAUACUCUACUUUGAAUUAAAAAGCAUUAAGAUAAGCUAUUGUAUUAAAAUGCUUGAGAGUGACAUAAUAGAAAACUGGAGAAAAUAGAAAAAACUGUUUGUAGGCCCUGCCUUCAGCUAACAAAGCUCAAAGCUCAAUAUAAAGACAAACAUCAGCUUCAAUCUUCAGCUAUCGGCAGCUUUAAUUAAAACAUGUUGGUGUCAUAUCAGCCUCCAUGAGCUGCGUUAGCUUUGACUUUGGACAGCAGCAUCAUGUAUUAUGUUUAACUUCUUUCCAUUUGAGUGUCUUGAAUAUUGCAGGUUUGUGUCGUGUUUGUUAAAGUUGUUUUAACUUUUGUAGCAGACUGUUGGUUUUUUAGCCAUGUUAGCAGCAGGACUGUAGGGAUGCCAAUGUCCACCUCUUUUGUCCAGACUGAAAUAUCUCAAAACACAUUUGUGUUGACAUGCAUGUUCCCCUCUGGAUGAAUUGUAGAAACUUAUGAUCAUCUGACUUUUCAUGCAGCUCCACCAUGUAGUUUCUGCUCAUUUCUAAACGUUAGCACAUUAAUAUGCUUAACUAAGAUGGUGAACAUCACACCUGCUAAACAUCAGCGCUUUGAGAAUGUCGCUGAUAUUAGCAUUUAGCUCAAAGCCUCACAGAGCGACUAGCGUGGCUGUAGUCUUGUUAAUUUACCUUAAAAUGAGGUAUGCAACUUCUGACAUAGCAAUUGAAAGUUGCUUUGGAUAAAAGCAUCUGCUAAAUGAGUAAAUAUAAAAAUAGGUUUAUUACAUUAAAAUUAAUAUUUCUAAUUUACACUCAUGUAAAAUAGAAAUAAAGAGUAAUAAACAUCUGAUAACUGUAUGUCACCUCCUGAAGUUACAGCUCACAGCUCAAUUUAAAGAUAAAGAUCUGGUGGCUCCACAUAACUGCAACAUCCACAUUUUAAACCAUUAUUGCAUGUCGUACCUCCUUCUUCUUCUCCCACCAUGUUUCCUGUCUCUCUCUACUGGCUGUCAAAUAAAUAAUCUGUAAAAGAAACAUGGUGGAACCAGCAUCAGAUUUCAGCAGCUCAUAUCAGCUGAUCUGUUUUGACUUUGUAUUAUGUUUAAAUUGUGGGUAUUCACGUGUGCUUAAUUCUGUAGGUUUGUGUUAUAACCACUGUAUAUGUAAUGUAAUUUGUAUUUCUUGUUUUACCUGUUUUUGUGUUUAUCUCCAAACAUUUCCAAACAUUUUGAGUUUGCACUUCAUAGAUGGUAUUAAAAGUAAAAGGACCGUCCAAAGUACUAAACUGAGUCGCCGUCAUGAUUGAAUAUUUUGUAGCUGAGAAACAGAUUUUUCAUAUUAAGUUAAAUACAUUGUAUAUUGUGGUAUUUAGAUCAGAUGUUAUAAAUGACAGUUAUUCAUAUAUGGUAUGUUCACAUGUUUUAGUAUUUUCAUGUAAUCCAUUAAUUAAUGUGUGUUUUCUGAAAUAUGUCUCAUUAGCCUCACAAAGCCAGCCCUAAAAUCAAUGAAGAGGUGAUGUAAACAUUUCAGAUUGUAAGUCGCUUUGGAUAAAAGCGACUUACAAUUGCUAAACAUGUCAGAGGUCGCACGCCUCUGGAGCAACUAGGGGUUAAGUGUCUUGCUCAGGGUCACAAAGUGGGUAAACUUUAAGCUCUGAAUGUUUUUAAGGUGGGAGAUAAAUCAUGAAUUUAAAGAAUCGUGAUUCAUUUUAAAUUUCAGGAAUCAUCUUUUUAAAAGAAGGAAAGAAAGUGAAAGAAAUGCUAAAUGAGAGAUUGCAUUGAGUUACACAAGCUAGUGGGACAGACGCUCGACAGGACGUGACGUUUGCUCUCUAUAAGGCUAAAAAAUAACCUCACAGAAACAAUUCCUCACUUUUAUCAGUUUUAUUCCACUCAGAGAGAAGCUGUGAGUCCAGCUGGCUUCUGUGAGGCUAAUUUGUAGUGGACAAGUUGAAAGAUGUUUGUACAUCACAAGCUUGUACAUGCCUUACAUGUUUGUUCUUAUUAAGAUUAAAACACAAGCAAAUGAA